AUGUCCGCUGUACGAUUCACCCGCGCUGCCACGCGCGCCACUGCGCAGCUCCGCGCUCCCCUCCAGCGCCGAUUUGCCAGCACCGCCGAGAACGAGUUCAUCAAGGAGCGUCAGCACAUCAAGGAGCACGCUGCCGGUACCACUGGUGAGUUCGACACCCGACAACGCAGGAUUGGUGGUGUCGCCCCCUGCCUCAUCGCCGCCGGUGCCAACGCCUACUGGCUCUGGAACGAGCAUUGGGAGCACUGGAGCCAUCUGCCUCCUCUGGAGGAGCGCACCGAGUACCCUUACCAGAACAUCCGCUCCAAGAACUACCAGUGGGGUAACGGUGACAAGACUCUCUUCUGGAAUGACGAGGUCAACUACCACAACAAGGACAAGGCUUCCUAA